UGACCAUAUUGUGAGUCUCAACUAGCAACCAAUCACCGUGCAGAGAAGGCGGGGCAUGCCGGAAAACAGGUGAGGAGAAGAAUCGCUACGGGGCAGGGAGCUGAGCGCGGAGGCGGACAGUAACAAAUACAGGAGGAAAAAGACCACAGACCCCCGGUCACCAUGAUUGACUACAGGGGAUAAAUGAAGGUAUUCAUGCAUGUGGCCUGUAGGCCGUGCUAGAGGAGUAUGGAACCUGACGUGGUCCGCCUUUACUCCUCCUCCCCUCCACCGCUGGACGAGGGCGGAGAGGAGGAAGAUGAGGACGAGUUCGGCGACUUCGGAGGCUACUGCAGUGGUGUGUCCUCCAGCUUCAGCCUUUCAGAGUUUGACACGCCCACGUCAGCAAACCAGUCACAUGCUACAGAGACCUCCCCACCGGACCUGUACAUCACAUCCGUGCAAAACGCCUCUUCAUCAGGGAAAAACGUGACAUCGGAAGAGGCGGAAACGCUUACGGAGAAUCUCCAAGCCAGUUUUUCAAUCCCCAACCCUUUGGUUAAUGAGACCAGUGUCAGUAUUGCCUACUGUGAGAACAGAAAACCUGAGGGAUCUGAAAUUGUCAUCAAUGGUGCGCCACCAUCUGACCUCAAAGGGGCACCCUGUGUGGUCCCCAACACAGCUCAGCACAGAUCAGCUAGCAAUCCUCAACCUGAGGCCGGCAGUGCAGCCCAGCAAAGUGACCUCAGCGUAGGUAGUGGAGGACAUUCUGUGAGUAAUGGACAGAGCAAGCUUAACACGGGUAUGGCGCUGGAUGGCUCCACAGUAACUAGCUUAACAAACAGCACAGAGACUGGCGUAGGAUCUAGAGCAGAGUCUUCCAGUGGUCCUGUUUCCCCCUCAGCUGCUUUCCAGAUCUCUCUGGAAAAAGUAUCUGAGUCUGAAGAGAAUGUGGUGGAUGAGGUGUCAAUGGAAUUCCAGGAUAUUCCUUUCAAUAACACAAGUGGGGAUCAAAGUAUUGAUGAAGGAAGAACAGAACAACAGCAAGAACAGGAAGAAGUGUCCACUAGUUUCCAGGAACCUUCUGGUCAAGAAAGCGUUGCAUCCUUUGGUGAAGCUGUGCCUGAAAGUGGGUCUGAAGACCUUGGGGAUUGGACUGAAACAUCAGUGGGACCUGCAGCAGAGGCCGAUGAAGUCUCUGGUGCCCAGUUGUGUAAAGACUCUUUAGAUCAUAACAUGGUACCUUGCAUGGAGGUGAGGGAAGAUUUUGAGGAGGUUUGUGGAACUACAACAGAUUUUACACUGAAGGUAGUCCCUGAUGCAGAGGGAGAUAAGGUUUCGGAGGAGCUUAAAGGCACUACAGAGAUGGACGAGAGCUUUGGUGAUUUCAGGGACGCUGUCGGUGUUGUGGACUUUAGCCGGACUGAAUCGGCAACGCAAGAAGGAUUCGCAGACUUUGUCACUGCAGUAUCCGGCUGCUCCACUGACGAUGACUAUGGGGACACAGACACCCUGAAGGACUGGAAGGAGGAAGAAGAACUGCCUGAGGAAGACCAAGAAGCGGCUAAUGACAGAAACAUUGAAGAAACAUGGUGUUCAGAGCUUCCUCCAAGUGACAGCUUUGCAGAUUUUAGUUCUGCUCCGUUUGAUGGGUCGGCAGGCAGCAGAGAUGGCUGGGUUGCGUUUGGGAUGCAGGAGGAAAGUGAGAGUCAGCGGGAGUCGUGGUCAGCUUUCGGCGAGGAACAACCAAGCAGUACAGCUGUGGCGACGUCUGGUGACAAUCUCCAAAAUGACAAUGUGUCGAUUGGAACGAACUGCAAACUGCAGAAUCUCUUCCAAAGCUCUUUCUUUCCUUCAGAGGUCACGUCUGAGAUCAAAGAAGUUGUGCCACUACAGGCACUUCUGGAUCCCCAGGACAAUCCAGAGAGCAGCAGCCACCCAGUUCAGGGGGAAGCUGCAGCCAUGUGGCGCCACCUGCUGGACACACACAGCGCCCAUGGCCUCAAGGUCCAGUGGGUUGGCUCACGCAGCAACAGGAUUCUGCUGGACUGUCUGGGAAUCCGCAAUAUUUUGUUCACUGGUCAGAAGAAGCGACCACUGAUCGUGCCUAUGUUCGCUUCAGGUCUGGGAAUGCUUGAACCUACCAAAGAUCCUGUGAGACCUUCCCCAACUUCUCCUGCCCCUCAAACACCAUACUCACCAGGCCAGGACAGGUCCACUCUAUGCACUCUGCAGGUGGCGUCUUCGUUGAGCAGCCGGGAGGACGCAGGGGGCGUAGGUUCCCAGCUCAACCUUGAUUUCUUUGGGCCGGUGGACGACAGUAGCUCUGAUAGUGAUACUGAUGCUCCAGUACUGCCAGGUGUGGAUCCGGAGCUGUAUGUACUGACCACUGCUAAACUAGACAGCAGUAAUGUGGGAAGUAAUGUAGCAGAGGCCUUUAACAAAUUGAUGGAGACUGUGGAGAAAACAAGCACUGUGACUAGGAAGACGGAGAAGAUGGAAGAUGGAGCAAUCAGUGAGGAGGCCGCCCGAGUCAUUUCACUCCUCCCUGAUAUGUCUUUCAUGCGGGCCCGUGUUCUGAUGUUCCCCUAUUCUCUUAACCCUGCAGCCAAUUGCCCCUGACCUCUACCACCCAUCGUCCAAUCAUCUUUGAACUUGCUGCCUUAACGAUUGAGCUGUUUAGCAGCUCAGUGAACCUGUAUAACAGGAGGACAUUUUCCAGAAUGGGUGACAGUAACACAAAGCACCUCCACAUAAAGCACAUCUGUCUGUAAGAGAGUUUCCUCUCUAGUAUUGUUUGCUAAACAAGUGUUCUUCCUUUUUUUUUUUUCUCCAUGUUUCGCCUCGUCCUGAAGGAUGCGGCGGCUUUAGCUCUUGUUGAUUGACACACAACGUGUUUCAAGACAACAAACUGCACAUUUUACUACUUGAAAUAGCAUUAACUUAUUAAUACUGACGAUUUGUGCUAUUCUUUGUGUGUCUACAAAUCUAAUGUUAUUAUAAAAAGUUUGAGAAGCUUUUGAAUUAUAAAUUGUUUGAAAAUUUUUAUUGUCGUACACCAUCAGUCAAAUGUUUGGACACAGCAAUAUAUAUAUAUUUUUACUAUUUCCCACAUUUUGAAAUAAUUAACGUUUUCUAAUAAUUGGAAUAACUACUAGAAAACAGUUUAUAAAUUGUCAGAAAUAUUAAAUAUGUACCAAAAUAUUCCAGUAAUUAACUUCAAACUAUAAAAUACCUUGUUAAAUGUAUUACUUAGUAUUUAUUUUAGAAACAACUAUAAAUAAUAUUUCUAAUAAUAAGUCUGAGCCUUUAGAGCAAAUACAACAGCAUUUAUUUAGAAAAGCACAGUAGGCGUGUGCUGCAGAUGUUUGACUGUUUGAGUGUAUAUUUAGUGUAUAUUCAGUGUACUUUUCUUUUGAUGCCUGUAUUUGCUUUUGCUUUGGCUGUCCAGAAUUGAACUAAAGAUAUAGAUUUUAUCCAUCAUUGUCUUAAUGAGGGACACGGUUUUAUUUAUUGUAUUUAUCUCCUGUUGGUGUGUAUUUAUUGCCAUCAUAUCUGUGAUGAACUAUUGAAAGAUAUAUUUUGCAUAAGUAAACAUGAUCAGAAUGAUUGAUAAUCGUGAGGGUGUGUCUGGAUCAGGGGAGAAGAAUGUUGUGUGGCUGUGAAUAAAAACAGUGUGCUUAUGAAGCAAAA